GGAAACUAGGCUAAGACGUCGCUAUGGUAACGGACACAACUCGGCAGAGCUUGCGUUUUUAGCAGCCGCAGCCUUUUUAGUGUCGUCUGUCCUGUUGUAGCGAGUGAAAGCUUAUAUUAUUGACAUGCAAUGGAGGGGUCGGACACAUACCUCAUACGACCUAAUCACCAGCACAAGUUUAAGCCAGCUGUUGUGAAGGAGUGUAUUCGUGAAAUUGUGAGGGAGCGACUGUCUGGGAUGCGGUAUGACCCAGAAGAAGUCCCAGAGCUUUCCCGAUCACUUGCAGACUGCAUUAAGGACAAAGUGAAGAAUGCAGGGUUUGACAGAUAUAAGCUUGUCGUACAGGUGGUCAUUGGAGAACAACGAGGACAAGGAGUCAAGGUUUCUUCAAGGUGUUUGUGGGAUGCUGACACAGACAACUAUGCAGAAGAUGUUUUCAUGAAUGACAGCUUGUUUUGCGCGGUGGCAGUUUUCGGAAGCUAUUACUACUGAGGACAACAGGUUGGAUGAAUUCUUUCAGAUGAAAGGCAGUGAAUAUCCGAAUGAGACUGCUCAUCAGAAUUUCACGUCCACGGUGCAUUGAAUGAAUGUGUACAAUCUGUUUAUGCAAUUGCUACAUGUUGAGAUCAACACAGAUGACAUCCAGUGUAGAAGUGAUGGAUAUCCGUGCUGAUACUGUAGUCUUUUUUUAAAAUGGAUUUCGCCAGCAUUUCCUUAACUUGGCAAGAUCUUUUUAAAGGCCACUUUUAUGGCUAUUAUGAUUUACCUCAAAACAUGGCAAUUUUGAGUCCUGAUAUGCCAUGAAACAAUAGAAGUAUUAUUUGUUUGUUUUUUUUGUUUGUUGGAUUUUUUUUAAAGUUACACUAGGGGGCACUAAGCAGGUGGAAAAUCAAGGCAGCAAGUCUGUCAGGAUCAGAUGAUUCACCAGGAAGGGAUAUAGUUUUUACUGUAACAAGGGAGAGGCAGCAUGAUGAACCUGUAUUUUUGCUCUUAACAUUGAAAAUAAAUCAAUCUAAAUUAUAGACUUCUUGAAUACCUGAAAGGGGGCAUCAGUUGCCCUAGAUAGAUCAACCAUAGCAUCAGCCUUUCAACAUCCAGCAUUCACACCUGUUUCCUAACAUGCCACAAACACUUUGAUAACAGAAACCCUUAAGUUAUAAUCAUUUGUAAUACAUGUGCAUAGUUACAGUAGAUGUCAAACCAUAAACCAGUUGAAAUGAACUAUGCAGCUGCACCGGAAACUUUGAGUCCUUACAUGUCAUACAACAAGUCAUGGAGUAAACAGUAAAAGCAGCUGACUGUAUGAGUGUAAGUCUUGUGACUGCAGAAGAAGGCAGAAGUGACGUAGCUUAGCAUAACAGCAUUAAAAUGUCUGUUUCAAUAUCUUAUGUACAGUGUAUAUAUUAAUGUGACAUUAUAAAAUCAAUAAAUUAUUAUCCCUCUGA